AUGGCUAACGUUCUGCGCGUGGCAGCAUGCCAUGUAUCGCCGAUCUUUCUCAAUGCACGCCGAACAACCGAUAAAGCCAUAUCACUUAUCAAGCAAGCGGGAUCCAAUAAGGCCAACCUUGUAGUGUUUCCCGAGACCUACAUCUCUGCUUUUCCGAUAUGGAGUGCUCUACGUGCGCCCACGGAAAACCAUACACUGUUCCAGCGCAUGGUACAGGAGUCUAUCUAUGCUGAUGGUGAUGAAAUGGAGGCGGUACGUGAAGCGGCACGAUCGAAUAACGUCCUUGUGAGCAUCGGCUUCAGCGAACGAUCCCGGCACAGUAACGGCUGCCUAUACAACUCGAACAUCCUCAUUGGGAAGGAAGGAGAAGUCCUCGUCCACCAUCGCAAGCUGGUCCCUACCUUCUUCGAGAAGCUUACGUGGAGUAGCGGUGACGGCCAUGGGCUGCGUGUGGCUGACACGCAAUUCGGUCGCAUCGGCACAUUGAUUUGUGGCGAGAACACUAAUGCGCUUGCAAGGUACUCGUUGAUUGCGCAGGCUGAGCAGGUACAUAUUUCGACCUGGCCCGCAAUUUGGCCGACAAGAACUUCACACACCGCGCAAUCCACCGACGAUAGUAAUGAGCAAUCUAGUCCAAGCGUUGCGCGUGGGACGAAUUACGACAAUCUAGCGGCGAACAAGACCCGCGCCGCAGCACAUUGCUUCGAAGCGAAGUGUUUUGGUGUAGCGUGCUCUGGCCAUCUCGCUGAAGACGCUAUCAAGACUAUCAUCGACGGGGCAAGCCAGCCGGAUGUCGUGGCCGACACUUUACGCGCUAUGCCCCGAGCUGCGACCUUCUUCCUGGAUCCCACUGGCGCUCCGUUGCGUAGCUUUACCUACCGGGACGCGGAACAAGAGUACAUGCACGCUUUACAAGAUCAAGAAGGUAUAUUGUAUGCCGACAUGAACCUGGACGACUGCAUUGAGGGAAAACAAUAUCACGAUGUCGUAGGUGGGUAUCAGCGACCGGAUGUGUUCGAUCUCAAAGUCGAUCGAUCAAGGAAAGAACCGGUACGCUUCACUUAA